GUUAGACGUCAAAAACCUAACCUCUGAAAAUGUGUUUUGAAAUUUUCUUCCAUUCAAAAAUGAAUUUUAAUAUUAUUUUAGUACUUUUAAUAUUAUUUUCUAAUUCUAUUUGCGAAGAUAAACAAGAUACCGAGUCUGACGAAAUAUUUGUACCAACUAAAGAGUGGAAAGUUAUAAAAGCAGGCCAAAAAGUCCCCUCUGGUUUACAUUACCGAAUAAAUUUGUCAACCGGUAAAAAGGAAGCCAAAAUCAACGAAGAUGACGAAUCAGAUACAAAUAAAAAAGGUAUUUCAGUGAUAAAAGAAGAUGAAACUCUGUACAGUGCUCUGAAAGAUGUAGAUAAGAAAAACCCCGAGAAUGACAUGCCCAAGAAAUUUCGCACUUUAGACGAGAUAAAGAAAGAUUUAGGAGACAUAGAAAUUACUCCUAAAAGUGAUGUUGAAAUUUUACAAGACUUAUUUGCAAAAUUCCAAGAAGAAGAUAAGAAAAAACAGCCAAAUACUAAAGAAAUUUUAAAGAUCUUGAAAGACUUAAUAUAUUUAAGCCAUCAGAUUGAUAAUGGAAACGAAUUUGUUAGAAUGGAUGGUUUCAAAAAGAUCGUUUAUAAGAAGCUUAAUUCUACCAAUCUUGCUGUUAAACAAGAAGCAUUAAAACUGUUUAGUACACUUGCUCAAAAUAGUCCUAAAGUGAAAGUCCAUAUUCUUGAAACAGGAGGGAUCACAAUACUGCUGAGGUUGUUAAAUUUGGAUGAUAACCCUCAUAUAAAAAAUAGUGCUGUUACUGCUUUAAGCUGUACGCUACGAACAUUUCCUUAUGCACAGAAUAGAUUUAUUGAAGCAGGAGGUUUGACAAUAUUUUCAAGUUUAUUUAAGUCAGGUUCAGUUAAACUGAAAUUAAAGCUAGUAACUUUAUUAAAUGACUUUAUAAUAGAAAGACAAAAAGAUGUAAGUAACUUUGAGAAUCAUGAGCUGGUUGAUAUUGAAGAGAAAAUUAUACGAAGCUAG